ACCCAGAGCAGGAGGCUGAGCUGCUCAGUCCGGUGCCGGAGAAGUGCCCGGGGAAGCCGAGUGCGCAGAGCUGCCGUACUGGUCACACGUGCGAGAAGCGGGAUAUAUCGCUUAUACAGACAGAGAGCAGCAUGGCACAGACAGUAACUCUCAAUGGCCCUGCUCCCUGGGGGUUUAGGCUGGUAGGGGGCAAGGAUUUUAGCACCCCACUGACUAUCUCAAGGAUUAAUCCUGGAAGCAAGGCAGCACAGGCUAAUCUACGUCCUGGAGAUCUUAUUCUAGAAAUAAACGGAGAAAGCACAGAGGGCAUGACUCAUUUAGAGGCACAAAAUAAGAUUAAGGCUUGCUCCAGCUACCUGGCUCUUUCUCUGAACAGGUGUGAUGGGAGGGCCUGGUCACCUAUAGAAGAAAUGAAAAGACAGCCACGGAAAUACAGUUUGGAGGCAGAGUUACAAGACAUUUUCCCAGCAGAAAGUGUACAACACAGGCGAUCGGCACCAGUGUCUCCUCGAGGCAGUCCAAGUGACUCCCGACCCAUGCUAAAUAUGCAGUAUAACAACCCUUCCAAACUUUACACAAAUAACAACCACAAUGCAGAAGCUAACUUAUCUUCACAUAUGGGCAGAAUAAAUAUUUCAUCCCCACAAAGUGCUGAUCCUUCAAAGCCUCUUCAAAGAAGCAGGAAUGGAAUAGAUAUGGAUUCAGAUGUCUACAGAAUGCUUCAAGAACCUGAAGAACCUGUUUCACAACCCAAGCAGUCUGGGUCUUUCAAGUAUUUGCAAGGCAUGCUCGAAGCUGGGGAGAAUGGUGAGAAGCCAGAUAGACCAGCCAGCUCAAGAAACAUAAAAUCACCAGUGUCUAAACUCAGCAGCCCAAUGACUGGCUUACAAAUGCUUCCCGAAUGCACCAGAUGUGGAAACGGAAUUGUUGGUACGAUAGUAAAAGCACGAGACAAGCUGUACCACCCAGAAUGUUUCAUGUGCGAUGACUGUGGCCUUAACCUGAAACAGAGAGGGUACUUCUUCAUCGAAGAGCAGCUUUACUGCGAAACUCACGCCAAGGAGAGAGUCAAACCUCCUGAAGGAUAUGAUGUUGUGGCUGUGUACCCCAAUGCCAAAGUUGAACUUGUCUAACAUCCCACCAUAGCCCUUGUUGAUAGAGAGGCCAUUAGUGCCUUACAGUCAGGACCGGCAGUAACAACUUAUGGAUCCCCCACUAUUGUUGAUCUACGCUUUCCACAUCCAACUAGUUAACUGCAAAUAUCUGCUUAUUGAAACUUGCUUUGUCCUACUUGUGGAGUAAAGCAAUUCAGCUUUUCAAGAUUCCAAAGAACUCUUCAAUGGGAUUCCAGGUCAAAUGUGUUUUCUAUAACUGCUACAAUAUGAGAUUUAACGUUCAUCUGAGAGUUGUUAAUAGUGGUUGAUCAACAAUAGCUGGAGAACCAUAGGAUUGCUUUCUCCAAGUCUACAGCAAUAACUAUCAAGCUUUUCCUACAACAUAGAAAUUAAAGGAAUUUCUUCAGGCAAGUGAUUCCCAUGCACCAUAUAAUCUAGCAGAACAUCAACGCAAAAAGCACCAUAAGGCUUAAAAAAUAUGCAUUUUACUUCCUAAAUAAAGCUAAAACGUCUGUAGAGGGCAAGUGUUUAGGAAAUGUGUUAUACACUAACUGUCCAUGUGUUCUUGCAUUUGUGUACAUGGGUUUUGUGUACUCUGCAAUCUAAAUGUGUGCAAUCUACGUUUUAUUCUUACACCAAUAGAAGUCUUUUGUAAAUACUGAGUGGUAUUCAACGUCUGCCCAAUAAAAGCUAUAUACUUUUUAAUAUA